AACACUAACUCCACAGCAUCCUGACUCCUUUGAAAGGGAAGACAUGUCCCAUGCCUUAAUGUCUUAAUGUGCUUUAUCUUUCAGAGUUGUGGAAAGUAAAAAUGCAGACCUACCAAAAGGAACUAUUGUACUGACUUCUCCAGGCUGGACAACACACUCCAUUUCUGAUGGGAAAGAUCUGGAAAAGCUGCUGACAGAGUGGCCAGACACAAUACCAGUGUCUUUGGCUCUGGGGACAAUUGGCAUGCCAGGCCUGACUGCCUACUUUGGUCUACUUGAAAUCUGUGGUGUGAAGGGUGGAGAAACAGUGAUGGUUAAUGCAGCAGCUGGAGCUGUGGGCUCUGUUGUGGGGCAGAUUGCAAAGCUCAAGGGCUGCAAAGUUGUUGCAGCAGCAGGGUCUGAUAAAAAGGUUGCCUACCUUCAAAAGCUUGGAUUUGAUGUUGUCUUUAACUACAAGACAGUAGAGUCUUUGGAAGAAACCUUGAAGAAAGCCUCCCCUGAUGGUUACGAUUGUUAUUUUGAUAAUAUGGGACUGUCCAGUUGCAGGAAAACUCACCCACUGAUUCUAUGCUAUGGUAGGUGGAGAGUUUUCAAACACUGUUAUCAGCCAGAUGAAGAAAUUUGGAAGGAUUGCCAUAUGUGGAGCCAUCUCUACAUAUAACAG